AUGGAUGGGGAUAUACCUAAUAUAAAGAAGUGGAUUGUGUUCUACCCAAUUUACAUAAAUUCAAAGAAAAUGAUCGUUGAGGGUCGGCGGAAAAAUUCUAGCAAAGCGUGUGAAAACCCUACUUGCGUUGAGAUUGGUGAUUGUUGUAGCUACCUCAAACUCCCUUUUGCUAUUGAGAUUGAUAAGGCAUAUCCGCGUGAUUUUAUGCAAAGAGGGAGGGUGAGGGUUUUGCUGAAAAAGGAAGAUGGGACUCUGUGCAAUGUGCAAUCUGGCUAUAUCUUCUAGUAAGCAGUCUUCUUCAUUUCCUUAGGUUUUUUCUUAUGUUCUUAGUUUUCAGUUCCUUUGUUGGAAUGUGUUGUUCUCUUAAGAGACUAGAUCACCCUAACUUGGUUGUUAAGGAAAUGUAACUACUAUCAUAUACUUUGAAAGGAGGAAAUUUGGUGGGUGAUAAUGUUUGAAUUACUUUUUUUUUUUUGAGUUCCAAAAGCCGGCUCGAGAUAUUUGAUCUUU